AUGAGCAACAGUUCCCUGACCGGCCUCUACCAGUCUGCAAACAGUAGCACGUCUACUCUCCGUCCUCGAACCGGCCGCCUUAUAUCCUACGUCGACGAUGAAGGUACCGAGUCCACUGCCAUCUCUACCUCUACCUCCUCAACCCCGCCACUAUUCUCCAGCAGAGGCGUCUCGCCCAACGACGCCCCGGUAACCAGAUCGAAGUCGACGGACAAGCCCCGACAUGGCCGAACAAGCAAAACGCAUGCAAGGUCGUCCUCGGGCACUCCAACCCUAACUGGAGGAAACCAGGGGCUGUGGGAACCUUGGACCUCACUCCAAGGCUUUGCGUCCACGUUGCUAGGGAACGAAGUGUCAGGUCCCUCCAAGGAUAAGACCGCAGCCUCGUUGAAGAAGCCUCUUUGGAUGAAACAAGACAAUCACUAUGGCUCAAAAAACGCCGCCCCGCAAUGGGGUCCCUCCAUCCAACCCUCUACAAAUCAACUCCAGGGCACCGUCGAAGAACGCCAGGCAAUGGUCCAGGCGAAGAAGAGGGAGGCACUGCUCCUUGCAAGUGCAUCAGGGAACCGCGAUCAUCUGGGCAAAUUUAAGAGACGUGAUUCAGAUGCGGACACUGCCACAACCGCUCCCACCGACCAGAGUGAAGAUGCCCUUGUUUACAUGCACAAGGUUGAGAAAGGCGACACGCUGGCUGGAGUCAUCAUCAAGUAUAACUGUCAGGCUGACCUCUUCCGAAAAGUGAAUCGAUUCUGGCCAAAUGACAACAUCCAAACGCGGACUCAUGUAUUGGUACCCUUGGAAGGCUCCACCGUCAGGGGGAGGAAAGUUGACAGUCCAUAUCUCUCCAGAGAUCUCUUCGAUCCAGAACUCGACCGCCUCUCUAUCCAAGCCGUCUCGAACUCAAAACCGAAAGACGCUGGCCUCUUGCCGUCCAAUGGUAUGCACGACCCUUCUCGGGCAAAGGCGACCAUCUCGUCUUCUACUUUGACCUCCGAACCCCUAUCGCUCAUCACCUCCCUCUCGGAAGAAAUCGAGUUUAAACAUGACUGCUGGGUCAUGCUGCCCAACAUCAAAGAAGCCAUCGAAGUCUUACGCGUCCCUCGUCGUGCGCUAGGCUACUUCCCGCGCCCCCGUCGGAAAUCGAAUGCCACCUCCACCGCUUCACCUAACCCUACACCCAAAUCCUCCUUUGAUAUACUCCGCCAUCCCCCCACUCACGCCGCGCAAACCUCUGCUUCAUUGAACGUCUCCCCUGCCCGCCGGCCCGUGUUUCCCUCAUCCCGGCUCAGCUCGUCCGGUCGCCAACGAUCUUCCAGCGCUACAGGAGGGAAUCCCUUCGCCGAUGCCCUUCGCGGGCCCGGAGGAGUUGGUACCCUUCGCGGUCUGCGGACAGAGGCUUCUCGUCCAGGUCCGCCCGACGAUCCACUCAACCGCAAAUUCAACCAAUAUUUCCCGGACUUCCUCCCAGCGGCCGGGGAAAUCCCUCGAAUGGGUUUCAGCGCAAGAGCGUCCACGUCGCGAUCGACGCCCCGCGCGAGCUCCGAGUCGGUGAGAAGCUUGCGAUCCAACUCGAAUAGUUCGGGGCUUGCAGGUGAUGUGAGCGGCACGAUUGAAGGAUGGGUGAGGAAGAUGGCCGGCGCGGCAGGGAAAAGGGAACGAAAUGCUGCGGUUGAUAAAAUGGGGGACCUGAUCGAGUUGGAGACGAAUACUGAAACUCACGAGGACAGGCACGUUCAGGUUGGCGAAGAAGAUGACGAGGAGGAAAAUACCACACCGACAGCUAGCACGACAGAGUCUGCGACAGAAGAAGCGCUUCUGAACGAAAGGUUUCCCCUGAGGGGCAGGGUGAGGAACGCAUAUGUCUCUCAGAGCUCGGGGAAAGAUAAGGACGAUUGA